GUCUUUUUACAGCUCUCCCUAACAAUGAUGCAUACAAAGCUUGUGUUAAUGGUUGUAUAACCAAAUAUUACUUUAAUCCCACUAUAACUUCAUCACCUUCUGGUAGCAAUUACUAUAAUCCCACUAUAACUUCAUCACCUUCUGAUAGCAAUCCCACUAUGACUUCAUCACCUUCUGGUAGCCCUAGCAAAACUUCCCCUUCUGGUAGUCCUAGCAAAACUUCAUCACUUUCUAAUAACAUACCCAGUGACAGUUCAAACGUCUUUUCAUCAUCGAGUAAUCAUACUUUCAAUACCUAUUCAUCGGUUGCAAUGUCGUUGAUUUGCGUGGUGGCUGGUUUGAUGAGUGUUGGUUCUAAUUGGAUUUAG